UCUGGUAUUUUCGCUGCCGCCGCCGUAUUGGAAUACCGGGCUGGCCGCACUGUACAGUCCUUCUGUAUUAUGUCCGCAGUCUCUGGUCAUCUCCUGUACUGUGUCCGCAGUCUCUGGUCAUCUUCUGUACUAUGUCUGCAGUCUCUGGUCAUCUCCGGUACUAUGUCUGCAGUCUCUGGUCAUCUCCUGUACUGUGUCCGCAGUCUCUGGUCAUCUCCUGUACUGUGUCCGCAGUCUCUGGUCAUCUCCUGUACUAUGUCCACAGUCUCUGGUCAUCUCCUGUACUAUGUCCGCAGUCUCUGGUCAUCUCCUGUUCUAUGUCUGCAGUCUCUGGUCAUCGCCUGUUCUAUGUCUGCAGUCUCUGGUCAUCUCCUGUACUGUGUCUGCAGUCUCUGGUCAUCUCCUGUACUGUUUGCAGUCUCUGGUCAUCUCCUGUACUGUGUCCGCAGUCUCUGUUCAUCUCCUGUACUGUGUCCGCAGUCUCUGGUCAUCUCCUGUUCUAUGUCUGCAGUCUCUGGUCAUCUCCUGUACUAUGUCCGCAGUCUCUGGUCAUCUCCUGUACUAUGUCCGCAGUCUCUGUUCAUCUCCUGUACUAUGUCCGCAGUCUCUGGUCAUCUCCUGUACUGUGUCCGCAGUCUCUGGUCAUCUACU